ACCCCACUUCCUCUGAGGUGUGAGAGCUCUGAGCCAAUGCAGUGAUAUCUGGCCAGCCCUGGGAGUAGUGAGUGGACCAGCGAGCAAGACCGCAACGGCUCCGAAAUGGCCCUAACCUUGUUUGAUACUGAUGAAUAUAGACCUCCUGUAUGGAAAUCUUACUUGUAUCAACUACAACAGGAAGCUCCUCAUCCUCGAAGGAUUACCUGUACAUGUGAGGUAGAAAACAGACCCAAAUAUUAUGGAAGAGAGUUUCAUGGCAUGAUCUCCAGGGAGGCAGCAGACCAGCUCCUGAGUGUGGCCGAGGGGAGUUAUCUCAUUCGUGAGAGCCAGCGCCAGCUAGGAACCUAUACUUUGGCAUUAAGAUUUGGAAAUCAAACCAGAAACUUCAGGCUCUACUACGAUGGAAAACACUUUGUUGGGGAGAAACGUUUUGAGUCCAUCCACGAUCUGGUGACUGAUGGAUUGAUUACUCUCUAUAUUGAAACCAAGGCAGCAGAAUAUAUUGCCAAGAUGACGAUAAAUCCAAUUUAUGAGCACAUAGGAUACACCACUUUAAACAGAGAGCCAGCAUACAAAAAACACAUGCCCGCCCUGAAAGAUACACAUGAUUGGAAAGAAUCUACAGGAGAGGAUGGGGUGUCAGAGAAAAGGUUGACAUCCCUCGUUAGAAGAGCAACUCUGAAAGAAAAUGAGCAGAUUCCGAAAUAUGAAAAGGUUCAUAAUUUCAAGGUCCAUACGUUCAGAGGUCCACACUGGUGUGAAUACUGUGCCAACUUUAUGUGGGGUCUCAUUGCUCAGGGAGUGAAAUGUGCAGAUUGUGGUUUAAAUGUUCAUAAGCAGUGUUCCAAGAUGGUUCCCAAUGACUGUAAGCCAGACUUGAAGCAUGUCAAAAAGGUGUAUAGCUGUGACCUUACAACACUAGUAAAAGCACAUAUCACUAAAAGGCCAAUGGUAGUCGACAUGUGCAUUCGAGAAAUUGAAUCUAGAGGUCUUAACUCUGAAGGACUCUACAGAGUCUCAGGAUUUAGUGACCUUAUUGAAGAUGUAAAAAUGGCAUUUGACAGAGAUGGUGAAAAGGCAGACAUUUCUGUGAACAUGUAUGAAGAUAUCAAUAUCAUCACUGGCGCACUUAAGCUGUACUUCAGGGAUUUGCCAAUUCCACUCAUCACAUAUGAUGCCUAUCCCAAAUUUAUAGAUUCUGCAAAGACUUUGGAUCCUGAUGAACAGCUGGAAACUCUUCACGAAGCAUUGAAACUACUGCCACCUGCGCACUGUGAGACGCUCAGGUAUCUCAUGGCACAUUUAAAGAGGGUCACCCUUCACGAAAAGGAGAACCUCAUGAAUGCUGAGAAUCUUGGAAUUGUCUUUGGACCCACCCUCAUGAGAUCUCCAGAAUUAGAUGCAAUGGCGGCCCUGAAUGAUAUACGGUAUCAGAGACUGGUGGUGGAGAUGCUUAUCAAAAAUGAAGACAUUUUAUUUUGAAUUUUCCCUUUUGCAUAAAGAGAAGAGAGCUAUGUUCUACAGAUGAAGGAAUGUUUUAUAGUAAUUUAAUUAGCUCUUCUAGCUGAAUUAUUCUUGAUUAGAGCUUUGGGUAUGCACCAGAUAAAAAUGAAGGAAUUUUAUGUUGUUUAUGUAGUGCCACUCAGCUGUCCUUGUCCAACAAUUAAUGCCUAAGCUCCAGUACUAGUAAUCCUGGGUGUUUAUCAUGUUAAAGGAAACUCAAGCUAUUGCAUGAUUGGCUCCCCUUUGGGCUAGAAACAACAAAACAAUGCAGCUUCUUCAUCCUGGAUAGUCUGUGGUUGUAAAUCAGCAUGUUUCUCAGCGUAAACCUGUUGUGAUUUUGCUUUUUAUGUUCUAGGCUAUUAGUUUCUGAUACUUACAAAAAAAAUGUGUGAAACAGUACCUUGGGCUCACACAUAGUCAUUUUCGAUUAUUCAUUUGCCAUCCUUUAUUGAGUGGUUUAUUUCUGGUUUCUCUCAGCUCUUCUAUCAUGUAGUUACUUUGUUUCCUACAAGAACAAAAUAUGUUUUUGAUUGUUACUUUAAGCAGUUAUACAUGCCAAUAAAAUGUACAACACUGAG